ACUCGGAAGUAAUGUGAAAUAUCAGGAAGUAAACUAAAAGGUCCUGGCGACGAAGCUUUAUAAAGUUUCCACCUUUGUUUACCUUUACCUCGACCGUUUUCGUAACUGAAUUUGCUAGCUAGAAUUCAUAAAAUACAAAAUGAACAGACAAGUAGAGUAUGAUUCAUAUGAGAUAGAGGAGCCAAGUGAUGAAGAAAAAGCUGAAGACAGCUCUGAGGAUGAGCUGGAUGUGCUCUUGAACGGGACCCCAGGUCAGAAGAGGAAGCUCAUCCGAGAAUACUUGACUGGGGAGAGUGAGUCCUCCAGUGGGGAUGAGUUUGAGAAAGAGAUGGAGGCAGAGCUCAGCACCACCAUCAAGACUAUGGAGUGCAAAUGGGCGCCACCUACAGCACCAGCAGGAGAGGCUUUGGGUACCAAUGACAAUGCUGCAACGCCUGGGUUACCACAGCCAGAGCUUUAUGACAAUGUUUAUUUUGACUCUGAUUCAGACGAGGAGGAAAUUGCUCCAAGCAGUUCCUCGGGUCAGAGACGCAGGAAACAGCGAUCCAUCCCCACCAACGAUGAACUACUUUACGACCCGGAUGAGGAUGACCGGGAUCAGGCGUGGGUGGACGCCAAGAGGAGGAGGUACAACGAAAAGAGAAGAUUGCAAUCUUCACGAAACAGAAGAGGGCAAUCCCAGGGGCUUCCAAGCAGCGAUGCUGUCCUUAACUGCCCAGCAUGCAUGACCACGCUGUGCCUUGACUGUCAAAGGCAUGACAAAUACAGGACCCAAUACAGAGCCAUGUUUGUCAUGAAUUGUACAGUAAACAAAGAGGAGAUUUUACGGUACAAAACGCUCAAUGAGAAAAAUCUGAGGAGCAGAAAGAAGAGGAAAGGGCAUCAACCAGAGCCAACAGCAUCAACCACAACCGCAAUGGAAGCCACAGAUUCAGGAGCGGUGUUGGGGAUGGGCGGAGAGGAGAUCUACCAUCCUGUUCAGUGUACGGAGUGCUCCACUGAGGUGGCAGUGCUCGAUAAGGACGAGGUCUACCACUUUUUUAACAUCCUCGCCAGCCACUGCUGAAGAUACACUGUUGAUAUGACCUUUGUGAUAUCCCUGAUAAGACUUUUGGUGUCUGAAUGUACAUCUUUUUAUGGUAUUAGACAGGGGUGUAUUAUCAUGUAAAGAUUUGAUUACAGCCAUUGUCCGCCAACAUUUAAUUAAGUUUACCCCUAUGGUAUUUAUUUUAUUUUUUAUUUUAUUAUAUAUAUAUAUUUUUUUAGAACCAAAGAUUUGUAUAUCUUCAUACUGUACUGUCUUUGGUUAGGGUAUGUACGUCCCAAGGAUUCCGGAUAGCAAUAACCGUUUGGAAAUCUGAUUAGAGUCGGGACAGGAAGUGGAAACUGCCCUUUGCGCGUCGCUUUUUCAUGUGAUUCGAGAUUGGUUGAGAAAGAAAGCCGUUAAACAUCACUGGGGGGAUUAAUCUGCACCGGUUGACAGUUGAUUGCAUUCGUUUUGGAACCGGGCUGCCUCCUGGAUGUGAGCCAGGUGCCCUGUUCAAAGCCCACAGGGAUAUUUGGCUCAAAACAAAAAGGACGUAAUUGGCAUGUUGAGUAAAGAGUCGAUUCUGUGAUUUCACAUGCAAAAGUGAUUGCUUUUGAUAAACGCUUUAUCUACCAAGAAAUAAUCGGCAAUCACAAAAAAGACAGGUUAAAUACAACUUCAAGUUGUGGCGUUUGAAGCUAUCUGGAAGAAAAUAUCCUGGUUGUGUUACCAGUAUAUUCUCGUCAUGGCUUUAUACAUGUUGAAGCCUUGGGAGAGAACCAUCUUCUGUAUCCUUUUUGGUUCCAGAAUGGUUUGAAAAGAACUAGGCUACUAGGUAAUUUAGCCGGAUACGUAACUAACUACAAUCCCUUGCCUUGUAAUUUCGAAUAGUUAGCAAGUAGCCUAUUUGUUGGUUAACCUUUUAUUGCUGAACAAUAGACCAUGAAACGAUAACGGUAGGCUAUAGCUACUAGCUUAGGUGGUCACAGUGUAGCCUACUGUUGGUGAAUUCAAGACAACUCGGUAAUAUCCGACAUAAAAACUUGUAGAAAGAUGAGGCCAGGGUUUUCCACUUGGUCAAAUCCCGACGUCAGUGAUCAGGUCUAGAAAGAUGCCAGAGUUUCCGAGUUGGAUGACCUUUCAAAAGUUUUUUUUUUCUUCAGUUGUAGAUCGUUUUUCCCGAGUUCCCAGUUGUUUUGAAUGCGGCAUCUGUCUCACCUGCAGGCCUAAACGUGUGCAUGUGCAACUAUUGAGAAUUUUAGAACUCCGAUCUCAUGGAUUUCAAAUAUUAUUUUAAUCAGCUGUAUCUGGCAUAAAAAGUGCAUGUGUAGACCUAAUAUAGCCUACAGUCAUUGGUGUAGACUGAUUUGAUAUGUUAGGCUACUCAAGUAAAUUGGAAACUGGUCAAAAAGAGGUGAGGAAGAUAUGAUUAUCAAAUUAGGCUACUGUUGAUCACAACACUGAACAAUUAUGACUGAAGAAUGAUUUUAUCCCUUUCAUAGGCCUGAUUUAGCAGUGGUGUGUAUUUUUUUUUUUAGCAGUGGUGUGUAUUCAUGGAUGCCAAGGGAAGCCAGGCUCCCCCCAAAAAUGU